AUGAUCGCUGCUGUUUCAGAGAAUAGCGAGCUCGAGCAACGGCAAAUGUGCGAAGGUCUUGGCAUCAUUAUUAGCCCCGAAUGGAGUCCGGCGCGAAUAAGGGAGGAGAUUGCGAGAUUAUACGAGACGGCGUAUCAGGAAUUGAUGAGCAACAACAACGCAGCAACAGAAUAUGAAGCAGCUAUGGGUCUACUGGCCAAUAAUAGCGAACCAAGGAAGCCCCCUGACGCAGUCAACGUCCUCUUCUUUCUCGCUAGCAGAUAUAUGUAUCGACGGAGAAGCGGGGCCGGGCUCAAAGCCUUGUGCGAGAAAUACCGUAUCGACGUCAGUUGCACUUGGGAUUCGGAGAGGGUCAUCAUCGAGAUUAUACGAGCCGUAGAGUGGCGACGCCAGAUAGAAAGAGCCCGGGCAGCCGCCAACGAAGCUUCGAUAUUAGCUAGUAUAGCUGCAAUAGCUGCUAUGGAUGCAGAAACAGCCCUCAUCCGAGCUAAAAUGGCCGAAAUGGCAAAGACGGCGAAGGCAAAAGCUAGUCGAACAGUAAUCGACCUUACACAUAGCGCAACGCGGGUUGACCUCCCAUAUGGCCAAACGCCGAUUGACGUUACAGAUAGCCCGUGA